ACACACACAAACACAAAACUUCAUGGAGCUCAGAGAGACAGAGUAUUACAAUAAGUGUGUAUAAAACACACUUGUGUGUGUCAGUGCUGCAGGGUAUUAUAAGUGUGUGUGUGUAUGUGUGUCAGUGCUGCAGGGUAUUAUUAGUGUGUGUGUGUGUGUCAGUGCUGCAGGGUGUUGUCGGUGUGUGUGUCUCACCUCUGUGUGUGUGUGUGUGUGUCAGUGCUGCAGGGUGUUGUAGGUGUGUGUGUGUCACCUGUGUGUGUGUCAGUGCUGCAGGGUGUUGUCGGUGUGUGUGUGUCACUGCUGCAGGGUGUUGUCGGUGUGUGUGUGUCACCUGUGUGUGUGUCACUGCUGCAGGGUGUUGUCGGUGUGUGUGUGUGUCACCUGUGUGUGUGUCACUGCUGCAGGGUGUUGUCGGUGUGUGUGUGUGUGUGUCACCUGUGUGUGUGUCAGUGCUGCAGGGUGUUGUUGUGUGUGUCACUACUGCAGGGUGUUGUUGAUGUGUGUGUCAACUGUGUGUGUGUCAGUGCUGCAGGGUGUUGUCGGUGUGUGUGUGUGUGUGUCACCUGUGUGUGUGUCAGUGCUGCAGGGUGUUGUUGUGUGUGUCACUACUGCAGGGUGUUGUUGAUGUGUGUGUCAACUGUGUGUGUGUCAGUGCUGCAGGGUGUUGUCGGUGUGUGUGUGUCAGUGCUGCAGGGUGUUGUCGGUGUGUGUGUGUCACCUUUGUGUCUGUCAGUGCUGCAGGGUGUUGUCAGCGUGUGUGUGUUUGUGUGUGUGUCACGUGUGUGUCAGUGCUGCAGGGUGUUGUCAGUGUGUGUGUGUUUGUGUGUGUGUCGUGUGUGUCAGUGCUGCAGGGUGUUGUCAGUGUGUGUGUGUUUGUGUCAUGUGUGUGUCAGUGCUGCAGGGUGUUGUCAGUGUGUGUGUGUUUGUGUCACGUGUGUGUCAGUGCUGCAGGGUGUUGUCGGUGUGUGUGUGUGCGUCUCACCUGUGAGUUUGUGUGUGUGUCAUGUGUGUGUCACUGCUGCAGGGUGUUGUCGGUGUGUGUGUGUGUCACCUGUGUGUGUGUCACUGCUGCAGGGUGUUGUCGGUGUGUGUGUGUCACCUGUGUGUGUGUCACUGCUGCAGGGUGUUGUAGGUGUGUGUGUGUCACCUGUGUGUGUGUCAGUGCUGCAGGGUGUUGUCGGUGUGUGUGUGUGUGUGUCACCUGUGUGUGUGUCAGUGCUGCAGGGUGUUGUCGGUGUGUGUGUGUGCGUCUCACCUGUGAGUUUGUGUGUGUGUCAUGUGUGUGUCACUGCUGCAGGGUGUUGUCGGUGUGUGUGUGUGUCACCUGUGUGUGUGUCACUGCUGCAGGGUGUUGUCGGUGUGUGUGUGUGUCACCUGUGUGUGUGUCACUGCUGCAGGGUGUUGUAGGUGUGUGUGUGUCACCUGUGUGUGUGUCAGUGCUGUAGGGUGUUGUCGGUGUGUGUGUGUGUGUGUCACCUGUGUGUGUGUCACUGCUGCAGGGUGUUGUCGGUGUGUGUGUGUCACCUGUGUGUGUGUCAGUGCUGCAGGGUGUUGUCGGUGUGUGUGUGUCAGUGCUGCAGGGUGUUGUCGGUGUGUGUGUGUCACCUUUGUGUCUGUCAGUGCUGCAGGGUGUUGUCAGCGUGUGUGUGUUUGUGUGUGUGUCACUGCUGCAGGGUGUUGUCAGUGUGUGUGUGUUUGUGUGUGUGUCGUGUGUGUCACUGCUGCAGGGUGUUGUCAGUGUGUGUGUGUUUGUGUCAUGUGUGUGUCAGUGCUGCAGGGUGUUGUCAGUGUGUGUGUGUUUGUGUCACGUGUGUGUCAGUGCUGCAGGGUGUUGUCGGUGUGUGUGUGCGUCUCACCUGUGAGUUUGUGUUUGUGUCAUGUGUGUGUCAGUGCUGCAGGGUGUUGUCAGUGUGUGUGUGUCACGUGUGUGUCAGUGCUGCAGGGUGUUGUCGGUGUGUGUGUGCGUCUCACCUGUGAGUUUGUGUUUGUGUCAUGUGUGUGUCACUGCUGCAGGGUGUUGUCAGUGUGUGUGUGUCACGUGUGUGUCACGUGUGUGUCAGUGCUGCAGGGUGUUGUCGGUGUGUGUGUGCGUCUCACCUGUGAGUUUGUGUGUGUGUCAUGUGUGUGUCACUGCUGCAGGGUGUUGUCAGUGUGUGUGUGUUUGUGUCAUGUGUGUGUCAGUGCUGCAGGGUGUUGUCGGUGUGUGUGUGCGUCUCACCUGUGAGUUUGUGUGUGUGUCAUGUGUCUGUCAGUGCUGCAGGGUGUUGUCAGCGUGUGAGUUUGUGUGUGUGUCAUGUGUGUGUCACUGCUGCAGGGUGUUGUCAGUGUGUGUGUGUUUGUGUCAUGUGUGUGUCAGUGCUGCAGGGUGUUUUCAGUGUGUGUGUGUUUGUGUCACGUGUAUGUCAGUGCUGCAGGGUGUUGUCGGUGUGUGUGUGCGUCUCACCUGUGAGUUUGUGUGUGUGUGUCAUGUGUGUGUCACUGCUGCAGGGUGUUGUCAGUAUGUGUGUGUUUGUGUCAUGUGUGUGUCAGUGCUGCAGGGUGUUGUCAGUGUGUGUGUGUUUGUGUCAUGUGUGUGUCAGUGCUGCAGGGUGUUGUCAGUGUGUGUGUGUGUUUGUGUCACGUGUAUGUCAGUGCUGCAGGGUGUUGUCGGUGUGUGUGUGCGUCUCACCUGUGAGUUUGUGUGUGUGUCAUGUGUGUGUCACUGCUGCAGGGUGUUGUCAGUGUGUGUGUGUUUGUGUCAUGUGUGUGUCAGUGCUGUAGGGUGUUGUCGGUGUGUGUGUGCGUCUCACCUGUGAGUUUGUGUGUGUGUCGUGUGUGUCACUGCUGCAGGGUGUUGUCAGUAUGUGUGUGUUUGUGUCAUGUGUGUGUCAGUGCUGCAGGGUGUUGUCGGUGUGUGUGUGCGUCUCAUCUGUGAGUUUGUGUGUGUGUCAUGUGUGUGUCACUGCUGCAGGGUGUUGUCAGUGUGUGUGUGUUUGUGUCAUGUGUGUGUCAGUGCUGCAGGGUGUUGUCGGUGUGAGUCUCACCUGUGAGUGUGUGUGCGUGUCAGUGCUGCAGGGUGUUGUCGGUGUGUCGUCUCACCUGUGAGUUUGUGUGUGUGUCAUGUGUGUGUCAGUGCUGCAGGGUGUUGUCAGUGUGUGUGUGUUUGUGUCAUGUGUGUGUCAGUGCUUCAGGGUGUUGUCGGUGUGAGUCUCACCUGUGAGUUUGUGUGUGUGUCAUGUGUGUGUCAGUGCUGCAGGGUGUUGUCAGUGUGUGUGUGUUUGUGUCAUGUGUGUGUCAGUGCUUCAGGGUGUUGUCGGUGUGAGUCUCACCUGUGAGUUUGUGUGUGUGUCAUGUGUGUGUCAGUGCUGCAGGGUGUUGUCAGUGUGUGUGUGUGUUUGUGUCGUGUGUGUCAGUGCUGCAGGGUGUUGUCAGUGUGUGUGUGUUUGUGUCAUGUGUGUGUCAGUGCUGCAGGGUGUUGUCGGUGUGUCGUCUCACCUGUGAGUUUGUGUGUGUGUCAUGUGUGUGUCAGUGCUGCAGGGUGUUGUCGGUG